AUGGGCUUCUUCUUCAGAAAACUGAGCCCUGAAAACCGUAUUGGGUUUGGCAAGCCAAGAAAGAAGGUUCGCAAAAUUGAGGACUGUUCAAGGUCGAGAAUGAUUGAGAUUGUGCUGUGGCACCAUCUUAAUGACAGGGAACAGAAAGAAGAUGGUGCCUCUCUAACUACAUCUGGCGGUAAUGGUUACUACGUCCUUCAAUGGGCUGCUCUCAACAACGUCCCAGAUAUUGCUCAGUACCUUAUAGAGCAUGGUGGAAAUGUGAAUGCAAUUGACAACAACAAGCAGACUGCUUUGCACUGGGCUGCAGUUAGGGGUUCGAUUGCAGUGGCAGAUGUGCUCUUGCGGAAUGGAACACGAGUCGAAGCCACUGACAUCAAUGGUUAUCGGGCAGUUCAUGUUGCCGCUCAGUAUGGGCAAAUGGCUUUCUUAAAUCACAUUGUUGCCAAAUAUCACGCUGAUUAUGAUGCACCUGAUAAUGAUGGAAGGUGCCCACUUCAAUUGGCUGCGUAUAAGAGAUUUGCAGAUACAAUUAGAUUGCUUCUAUUUAGAGAUGCAUCACAAGGGAGACAAGACAAAGAAGGUUGCACUCCAUUGCACUGGGCUGCAAUAAGAGGAAAUGCAGAAGCAUGCACUGUACUCGUGCAUGCAGGCACAAAGCAGGAAUUAGUGGUGAAAGAUAAAGCUGGAUUUACCCCUGUUCAGCUUGCAUAUGAUAAAGUCUAACGCAGCUAGAGCCAAUAGCAAUCGAUUGGUGGA